AGAUGAAUCAAAAUGGCAGCCAUGGUCAGACGACCGCGACGUGCAGAAUGCAUCGUUGAACUUUACCUCGCUUUUGUGGUCGGGCCUCAAGUAGACAGUUGAGCAGUCAGUGAAGUCAAGUUGCUUUUUUUGCCCUUAAUCACAUAAACAUCUCAAAGGGCUUCUCAUGCCCACAGCUGACAAAAAAUGGCAACGUUGGGGCUCUCCCGAGUAGCCGACGUGCUAACGGGAUUUCCAACGGGAACCGACAACUGGGCUAGCGUGCAGGUCGCUUGAUUGCGGCAUGAGCAACGGGGCAUGUGACGGGUUGCGCAUGUGACGGGUCGCAUGUGAGGCGGCGAUCUAAGCCAAGUCAGCAGCAGUCAAUCAGACACAAGCAACCUUUUGUCAGCACUGGCAACUCGGGCCAAGGGUGGUGAAUGGGCGUCACGUGCUAUGCUGUGAAAUCCCCAUCUAGCAUCUUAAGACAUUAAUUAUUUCCUCAGCACUCUGACUGUUGUGCGGUAGCCCCGCCCCCACAUGGCACACGAACAUGUCACAUGGCAGCACUUCGUUAAGACGUUUGGCGGCUGCACGAUGGGCAGCAUUAACGUCUUUGUCGUCAUGUGGUGCGCGCGCCUGCAGCACGCGCUCAGGACAGUGGCGCGCUGCACCGACGCUCUGCAGCAGCAGCACCACCUGCCGCCAUCCCCUCGGUGCGAGGCUGGCAUCCUGCUGGACGUGGAUGGCGUGCUUGUGCGCGGCGGCUCAGUCCUCCCGGCGGCACGGCGAGCCUUCCGGAAGCUGCUCAACUGCAGCGGCGACUUCCUGCUACCCGUUGUGUUCGUCACCAACGCCUCAAAUUGUCGGCCCGAACGCAAAGCGCAACAGCUGUCGUCACUGCUCGGCGUGCAGUUGUGACCUGUGUGCGCAGAUUAGUCCCGACCAAGUGGUUUUGUCCUACAGUCCUCUGCAAACAUUGACGAAUUUCCACGACAAGUGCGUGCUGGUGUCCGGACAAGGACCGAUCACGGAUAUCGCGCACUCUCUGGGUUUCAAGAAGGUGGUGAGCAUGGAUCAGCUCCGAGAACAGUAUCCUCUGCUGGACAUGGUCGACCACAGCAGGAUGCCCAGAGCAGACUCCGAGGUUGCUCACAAGUUCCCCCAAAUUGAAGCCGUGCUGCUGUUUGGCGAGCCAGUGCGCUGGGAGACCAAUCUUCAGCUGCUGGUGGACGUGCUGCUGACCAACGGACGUCCGUCGGCUGCUUACGAUUGGUCGCCGGCCCAGCUGCCCGUGCUGGCCUGCAACAUGGACCUGCUGUGGAUGGCCGAGGCACCCUCGCCGCGUUUUGGCCACGGCAUGUUCCUGCUGUGCUUGGAGUCGGCGUACAAGAAGUUGACUGGACGAGAGCUGAGCUACCGGGCGCUGCUGGGGAAGCCCAGCCUGCUUACCUACCGCUUCGCCGAGCAUGCGCUCAUGCGCCGAAACUGCCACCACAAGGUCCAAACCAUCUACGCCGUCGGCGAUAACCCCAUGACGGAUGUUUAUGGUGCCAACCUGUACAAUCGCUACCUGUCUGAGCAACAUAGCGCCGCCGCUGAGACGGCAGCCCGGGAGCCCGGCGAGGGGGAGCUGGCGUUCGCCGCGCGCUGUCGAUCUGUCCUGGUGUGCACGGGCGUCUACAAACCGGCGCCCGCCCGGGAGAACAUCUUCUUGCACGGCCACCGGGACAUGAGUGCAGAGGCCGGCUUGCUGGAGCCCGCCUACGUGCUGGAAGACGUUGAGGCCGCCGUUGACCUCGUGCUCUGCAGGCACCUCUGACGCCGUCCGCAAUCGCUUGACACACCAUUACGCCAAAAGACAAUCCCAGUCCCCGUGGACCAACGGCGCGGCGCAGGUUUGUUCUCUUAACGCCGGUAACAACUAAAAGUCUACACAGCAUUGCUGCAGUCUGGAUGGGAACUCACAACACAAAUUGAUUCAAAGUAUUAAAAAACAAAUCGACAACAUAAGAAGAGGGUUGUGCAAACGGUAACAGAAAAAAAACCUGCAAAUGAUUGACAAAUAUAAUCGCCAUGAAAUUUGAUUUUUGUUCAUUUGGAGAAUAAAACAUUUUUUUUAAACAAAAACUAAAGGAUCUGAAGAAGAAAUUUAUAUUGGAUGUCACUUUCUUCAGGUAAAACUUUAGAUUUGAACCAUAUUUCCUUUUGGUGUGAGUCUAUCACUAAUGUUAAAUGUUUUAUCCCAUCUUUUUUAAACAAAACAUUGUUCAUUGGAAGAAUAAGUUAGAAUGUUAUAACAAUUUUUUAAUAUGUAUUAACACCAAGAAUGCUAUAAAAGAGGUCAUUUAUUGAAA